CUCUGGGCAUUUAGGUUAAAGAUUAAAAAUUGUAAGAAUAUGUUAGAAAACUAAUUAUAUUUUAAAGUUUCAUUGUAUUAUUUUAGUACAGUUUUAAUCAUGAAUGAUAAAAUGAUGACUUCAUGUGGUGCUACUGUUUUCAUGGACAUGGAUGUUCCAUUUUAUAUUCGUUUUGAGUGGAUGCAAGUACCAAUGUACCAUGUUCCUUUUUUUUAGAUUAGUUGCUGGUUAACUGCUGCAUGCUUGGUGGUGUUAUUUUUAUGUUAACGUCAACACGACACCCUUCCUUUGCAUCUUUGCUGUAUUGCACAAUCAAGUGAAUAUCAGUAUCAUUGCAGUUGUUUUUAAUGAAUUUUCUCCAUUCGACCACGAACUAAUCCCUGGACAGCUUGCAGACGAUUUUUUUCUCUUAACUGCUAGAACGAGGCUCGAUCCCUUCCAGGAAGCUUCCGGUUAAGCCUACCAUGGUUUAGCGCAGUGCAUGUUCUCAAAGUGUGUCCGCGGGCAUAAGUCAGGUGGUCCGCUGCUGCCAGUCGUCAUAUGUCAGCAAAGUGAUGUUUAAAUCGCCAGAUAGUCUUGUAGAAAACUUCAGUUAAGUACGUAGCUUUAUGUCAACUUAUUGCUAUAGUACUGUCACAAAAGGACACUUAGUUUUGAAUUGUAUUGAAACUAAUGCGGAAAUUUAAAUUUGAAAUUCAUAGUACAGAGUGAUUAUAGGCCUUGGUGGUCCGCCAUAUGGUCCGCGGUCCGAAAUACUUUAAGAACCACUGGUUAAGCGAAUGACUUCAAUGGCUAUGUCAGCAUACACGUCUAUGAUUCGACCAAGGGUUACGAAAUAAAGGCUUGCCGAGACUAACAGCGGAUCCCUUCACAAGAGGCUGAACCUUGGCCGUGGCAGACAGCAAUCCACCUAUAUACGUCCAUGGCUAAAUCAUAAAAGAAAAGGAGACAAUGGCAACAGGAACUAAAAAAUCCAAGAAAGCAGUGCAACAAAUGGAGGUGUUGAUGGACAAUAACCUUGUCAACAUUCCCGGUGUGGGUGCAAGUGUAUUACAAGCAUGUGAAAGUAUUGGUGCACAAUGCUCUGUACACUCCCAGCUGAUACCUAACACAGUCACCUGGCAACUUGUUGAGACAAAUGAGUCUGACAGGCAUGUAGAAGAAAUGAAUGAAGUGCUGGCUGUUUUGCCUGUUUCAGAAUUUAUCCAUAUGGUUCUGCAACAACUGCAGAAAGCUAACAAGGAAACUAUUACAAGUCAGACAUUGACACAGUACAUCCAGCAACUAAAAGAUAUAUACCCAAGUCACAUGGUGCGGGUCGCAUGUUUUGGCAUGGACAAGUACUUCAGUGAGCUGAAGAAGAAGGAGAAAGAACAAUUCAGGGCAAAGUUCACAGGUGAAAAAACAAAACAUUCAGCACAUGGGUGUGAAAUCAAUGUUACGAGAAUGCAAGUGGAAGAGGUGCUGGUGGCCACACAAAUAGAGACAAGCUGCUGUGUACGACUUGUGGACACCCCACAGGACGUGGCGAACCUUGUAAAGUGCUACUCUAAAGCUUUGAUAGACAAACCAAGCAAAGCAAACAGACUUGAUGCAAUUUUUCCUUUCCUGGAAGAGGGGGCUCGGGGUGUGAAAGCAACCAAAGACGGUGUUGGACUUCUCAAAGUCUGGAAAUUCCAGCUGCAGCAGCUCCACAAUAUGAGUGAAGAUAUGGCAGCAGCUAUUGCAGCACAAUUUCCUUCUCCAUUAGCUUUGAAACAGGCAUAUGAUAGUUACCCAUGUCCAGAAGAAGCUUGGAAGAUAACAGAAAAUAUUUUGGUUCGACGUGGUGCUGGAGUUUCUGUGACUGAAAGGAGAGUGGGUCCACAGAUAUCUCGUCGUCUUCACACUCUCAUGACUUCAUUGGACCCUAAUGCUCCUGUGAAAUAGGAAUCUGAUAUAUAUAUAAUAUUUGUGGUUUUCUAUGGAAAACUAUCUAUUAGGUAGCAGGGAAAACUCUUAAUAUAAAGAGAUUGUUAAAAAAAAAUUUGAAAAAGUUUUGAAAGUAAUGAAUGGUGCAAGCUUAAUGUAGAAGAUAACAUGACAGAAAUAAUAGCAAGUUUGUAAAAUCA